GCAUAUCUUUGUAAGCAUAUCUUUGGAAAAAAGUCACGCAUAUCUUUUGGAACUUUGUUCCGGUGGCUCUUCGGCAAGUCUCCAGUGCUCUCGCCGUGAUGUUGCCAUAAUAUCAGAUUCGAUUCAUUCAUUUGAUUCUGACCAUAACAAAAGGGUAUUGCUAUUUCUAGGCAACAUGACGGAACCCAAGAAGGAGAAUGAAGCGGAAGGACCCAUCCAAGUGGAUUCUCCCAUGAAGAAAUGGAAGAGUCCUCAACCCCUGGCGUUCGUCAAGGCAGCCGCCUCUCGUUGGUCCUUCCCCAACUGGCAGUCUGGAAACGAUGAUUCUGUCUAUUACAACAUGAACAUUCCUUCCUUCUUCAAGACGCAGAUUGCCUUUCCUCCUGAGAAUACCAGUAUUUUGGAACGCAACUUGAUGCCCGAGUUGUUGGAUCUGACCUACGUGGAUGAAGGCAACGAUAAUAAGGAGCGCGGUCCGCUCAAAGAAUACUUGGUCGGCCCCAAGCAAGUGCAAGCCAUGAUGAUGAUGCACCAAGGAAAGGUCGUCUUUGAAGUGUAUCCAGGCAUGAACCCUCGUGACAUUCACAUCUGGAUGUCGGCAUCCAAGACCAGUGCGUCCCUGCUUUGUGUCCUCUUGUGGGAAGAUGGCAAAUUGGACUUUGAAAAGUCUCCCGCCGAUUACGUUCCUGACUUGAAGGGCACUCCGUGGGAGAAUGUCACUGUCAAGCAUGUCAUGAACAUGUGUACCGCCAUGGAUAUCGAGGAGACCUUUGCAAGUCUCUCCAAUCCAAAGUCAUGGAUCGCAUCUUUUUUUACCGCGCUCAUGGAAGGAAAAGGCGACUGGAGGGAAUUGCUACGAACGACCAAGCCCCUGGACGGCGAAAAGCCCAAUGAACGCUUUCGCUACUCCACUGCCAACACGCAGGUCCUGACCAUUAUCGUCGAGGAAAUCACCAAUAUGUGUUACACCGACUUUUUUAAUGAGCGUAUUUGGUCCAAGAUUGGACCCAAGGAUGCCUUCAUUAUGGGUUUGACCACUCACAAUACGGCCGUCGGAGGUGGGUCCAAUGUGACAACGAUCGAAGAUAUGCUCCGCUAUGCCGCCAUUUUCACUCCCAGCUGGAAGGUUGUGGCCAAGGAGCCCGUUGUUUCCGAGAAAGCCUUGAAGUGUAUCUUUGAAAUGGGCAAUCCAGCCUGUUACCCUCCUUCCGAAGAAGCAGCCUAUGGACUCCGCUGGUUCGGACACAUGCCGGAAAAGAACACGGCCCAAUGGGAUCACGCAUUCCCCGACGGCGCCAUGUUCAAGCAUGGAAAUAUGGGCCAAGGAAUCUACGUCGACCCUAACCGAGACUUUUGUGCCUGUUACUUUGGUCUAGCCUCCAACGAUGAAACGGUCACCGGCCCGGAUAUGAUGCCGGGAUAUUUGCGUGCUGCGGCGAAAAAGUUGGCAGGCAAAUAAAUAAACAACCUGCCUCCUUUGCAUUUGGACGACAAGAUAUAGGAUAGUUAACAAGGUUUGCACCGGAUGAGAGGUCCUGGUAUAAACACUCUUUAUUAGUUUGACAGUACAAUUUCU